AUGGGUGGUUCAAGUAAUAGUAAUGUACCAUUAGAGGAAGAUUUGGUGUAUGAUGUUGAACUUCUUCCUCAUGAUCCGGGAAAAAGAAUAAACAUUAUGGAUUACCCCGCAAAUGAACGAAAUGCUGUUAGGAGGGGUUAUAUUCUUAAAAAACCUUGCCAACCAAAAACUCAUGUCUUCCCUACAAGACAAGUGUCUGGUUUGCGUCGCUUUAGUGUUCAUUGGUUCAACAAAUGGGAUUGGCUUGAAUAUAGUAUUGAAAAAGAUGCUGCAUUUUGUUUUGUAUGUUACUUGUUCAAGAAUGAAGUUGGUAUUAAACCGGGGGGUGAUGCAUUUGUUGAUGGAGGGUUUAGGGCAUGGAAUAAACCGGAAAGAUUUGAGAAGCAUGUUGGUGGAAUUAAAAGUGCUCAUAAUCUUGCUUAUGAGAAAUAUGUGAAUUUAAGAGAUGAAAAAAAGAAAUCAAUCUUGAAUGUGAUUGACAAUGCAAGUGAUGUGAUUAAAAGUGAAUAUUUUAUCCGCUUGAAAGCAUCUUUAUCUUGUUUAAGAUUUCUUUUGGGGCAAGGUUUGGCAUUUCGUGGACAUGAUGAAAGUGGGGAGUCAUAUAAUAGGGGUAAUUUCCUUGAGCUUUUGAAAUGGUUAGGAGAAAAGGUUGAGGAAGUAAGGAUACAUACUCUUGAAAAUGCACCUAAAAAUUGUCAAAUGACUUCCCCUCCUAUUCAAAAGGACAUUAUUAACUGUUGUGCCAAAGAAACAACUAGGUGCAUAAUAGAAGAAGUUGGUGAUGAUUACUUUGCUAUAUUGGCCGAUGAGUCAAGUGAUGUGUCCCAAAAAGAACAACUAGCUCUUGUUUUGCGUUUUGUUGAUAGAGAUAGUGGAAAGGUAAUGGAGCGAUUUUUAGGCAUUGUUCAUGUUGCUAAUACUACCGCUUUAACUCUUAAAGAUGCAAUCAUGUCUUUACUUGUUGAACAUUCAUUGAGCCCAUCUAUGAUAAGAGGGCAAGGGUAUGAUGGAGCUAGCAACAUGAAGGGUGAAAUAAAUGGCCUUAAGACUUUGAUUAUGAAUGAUACUCCAAGUGCCUACUAUAUACAUUGUUUUGCUCAUCAACUUCAACUAACAUUAGUUGCCGUUGCUAAAAAGAAUGAUAGUUGUGGUUGGCUUUUCGAGAUACUUGGAAAUUUGUUGAAUGUGGUUGGAGUUUCUUGCAAGAGAAGAGAAAUGAUUCGUCAAGAUCAAGCUCAAGAAGUUGCUCGAGCCUUGGAUGUUGGGGAUAUUGUGAGUGGAUCGGGUUUAAAUCAAGAACUUGGUUUGAGUAGGCCCGGGGAUACUCGUUGGAGUUCUCAUUACAAGUCACUUUUAAAUGCCAUCCUCUUAUUUCCUACAAGUAUUAACCAAUUUGUGUGUGAGUUUUUUUUUUUGUUUUUAUUUUUUGUAAGCUUUUCGUAA